ACGCGGGAUUGCGCAGCGCAGGGAAAGUCGUGGCUCAGAAUUAACCAGGGGCUGGAGAAAUGUUUACACUUUGAAGGAUGCCAGGCACCUCAUUCAUAUAGAGAGGAGUUUCUGCAAUCAAAUUCCAAAUAGAACAAGAGACGGGACCAAGUGAGAGGAGAAAGAAAUUAACAUAGAGUCUGCUGAUCAAUUCUCUCGUUUGUUUCUUCCCAGCCUGAAUUAAAGGCGAAGUUAAAAAUCAUGGAGUGGGGUUCGGAGCUUUGGGACCAAUAUGACAUCAUAGACCGGCAAACCCAAUGGGGAAUCGAUCUAAUAGAGAAAUAUGUGAAAUUUGUGAAGGAUCGGACUGAAAUUGAACAGUCGUAUGCUAAGCAGCUGAGGACACUGGUGAAGAAAUACAGCCCCAAGCGAGUUACGAAGGAAGACCAAGAAAUGAAGUUCUCCCAGUAUCAGGCGUUCAUCAAUAUUCUCAAUGAAUUGAAUGACUAUGCUGGACAGAGGGAAAUUAUCGCAGAGAACCUGAUUCAGAACAUCUUUGCCCAAUUGUUGAAAUAUCUGCACGAAAAUAAGCAGGAACGCAAGAUGCAUCUUCUGGAAGGAAGAAAAGCUCAACAGAACCUGGAAGCUAGUUUUAAACAGCUGGAUUAUGCAAAGAAAAGGUUUGAACGAGACUGCAAGGAAGCAGAGAAGGCAAUGCAGAAUGCUGAAAGAGUCGACAAUGACAUCAAUGCCACCAAAGCUGAUGUGGAAAAGGCAAAACAGCAGGCAAAUCUGCGAAAUCACAUGGUGGAAGAAAGUAAGAAUGAGUACGCCUCUCAACUCCAGAAAUACAAUAAGGACCAGAAUCAAUUUUAUUUUGUCGAGAUGCCACAUGUUUUCAAUAAACUUCAGGAGAUGGAUGAAAACCGGAUACGGAAGCUGUGUGAAGCGUACAAGAUGUUUGCAGACACAGAGCGCCAGGUCAUGCCAAUCAUUGGGAAGUGUUUGGAUGGGAUGACAAAAGCUGCGGAAUCCGUAAACGAGAGUGGGGAUUCACAGGUGCUGAUUGAGGCACAUAAGUCAGGAUUUGAGAGACCGGGGGACCUAGAGUUUGAGGACUACAGCCAGAUGAUUAAUCGGACUUCAUCAGAAAACAGUAUUGGUUCUCUGAAAUCGGAAUCUAAGGCUGACCAUAGGACCAUUGGCAAAAGCAAGACCAAGCGCUGGCCUUUCGGAAAGAAAAACAAGCUCCCACCCCUCCCCUUCUUGCCUUUGAAUUCUUACCCCUCGUCUUUCGCUAAUGGGCACCCGUCCCCCAGGUUCACCAGGGAUCCGCUGUCUUACUGUCUGAACGAGAUAAAGACAGUGAAACCCAGGAUCCCUUCUUUCCAAAGCUUACGGAGGGGGCUCAUUGUAUCCGAGGACUUUAGUCACCUCCCCCCUGAGCAACGUCGAAAGAAACUGCAGCAGAAAAUUGAAGAUCUGAACAAGGAGCUGCAGAAACAAGUGGACCAGAGUGAAGCUUUAGAUAAGAUGAAAGACGUUUAUCAACGUAACCCACAGAUGGGUGACCCAAACAGCCUUGAGCCCAGAAUAACAGAGACAAAUCAACAAAUCGACAGACUACGGAGUGAGAUUCAGAAAUAUGAGAUAUGGUUGGCUGAUGCAGAAGCGAAACUGGUUUCACGCAAUGACAGCUUUGUGCAGUACACUCCCCACUGUGAGCGUUCUCCCUCCUUGAAUAACAAUGGGUCACAUGAUAAAGAGAGUCCAGACACAACUUAUUCUGAUGAUAGUGGCCAGGAACCAUUGGUGCAGCCUUCUCCCGUCUCAGAGUUUGAUGAUUUUGAGGAUGAUCUUGCCAAUCCAAUAGGAAGCUCAACUGCUCUGUAUCCAUUUGACGGUAACAGUGAGGGCACUAUUCCAAUGGCAGAGGGAGAGGUUCUUCAACUGAUUGAGGAGGACAAGGGCGAUGGAUGGACCCGGGUGAGGCGGAGCGACGGGGAGGAAGGCUAUGUACCCACCUCCUAUGUGAAAAUCACCCUCAACAGGAAGUGAGCCAGGAUCUGCUAGUGGUCAUAGGAUAUUUUAUCCUCUGGUUCACAGUGUUUCAUUUUCUUUCUUUGAACCAGGAUGGAGCAGACAGAGCGCGUUCUGUGGGACGGAUGGCUCCAUGGACAAGUGGGAGAGGGACAAGGGUUAACCAACCCUCACUGGUAUUCACAUUGGAAAAUAAAAACCCUGAGAGUCGCUUAGUUACAUUUGUAAUACCUUCGGCACAUAAUUAGGAAAGCAUCUAUGAUCUUUCAGUCCACUGUAGGAUGACUCUGUUGAGCUGCAGUUUAUGCUGGUACAAUAAAUACCCACUCUAAUGUAUAUAAUAUGUUGUAAUAACUGUAUUUAGGGAUGAACUUGCUGAUCACCGAUGGCAUCUUUUAUAUAGAUAUUUUGCAUAGAGUAUGCGUUCCCUUUGUCCACAUUUGUGGAAUCAUUUCAGGUGAGAAAUAGGACAACAUGCCUUGAAGGGCCUGUACGAACCGGAUGAUGUUACUUGCAUGAGAAGAACACUGAACUGCCAAAGCACCCCGUUGUUUAAAAUUGAUGUCGUGGCUUUGUUAGAAGGAUAUGAAAAGCCUGCGAGAAUUGGCCCGCGCCUGUUUCAAAUGCAACAGGGCGCUGGGUCACAGGAAAAUCCGAGCUCUCCAUGGAGCUGCUGGGAUCCACCAAGAGCACAUGAACAAGUAAAAGCCGACACUAAGAUGUUGCUUGCCUAUGAGUUUAGGGUAUGGAUGAUGGGCUCUUCAAAUGACUGGGUUUCGGGGAACAACGGUCCCUGCCCAGCUUGGCAACAAUCACGAUGGUCCUUUUUUUUUCUUUAAAACCGGCACUCGCAGCCCAUUCAGCCUUCUGGGAUUUUUAAUGAACAUGAUUGUGGUGAUGUCUCUGAAAAUAUAAAUAAAAAGGGGAAGGUGGCAGUCCCAGAUUCAGGGGCAUACCUGCCACACUUUUAUCAUAGAACAUCGACUGGAAUUAUCACCAAAUUUACUGGUGUUUUAAGCAUAAAUCAUUUGGAAGGCAGGCAUGAGUUGAGCAUAGCAGCAAAUUCUUCCAGAGUUGAUACAUAAGUGGGGAGUCCUGAUGCAAACAAUCAUGUCAGUUCUUUGGUGAUGUUUGGUGAGCUGUUUGGAAUGUAGCCUAUCUGUUAUAUCAUGGUGCAAAAACUACAUAAUGAAUCAUUUGUGAUUGUAUCGUAGACUAAUAAUGCACUUGACGUUACAAUAGGACAGUAACAUGAUUGUUAUCCCACCUGGUUUUAAUCCUGUAAUAAAAUGCUAUUCCAA